GUUUUUGUUGUUUGUAUUUUUAUUUUCAAGCUAAUGUUUUUAAUUUCAUUGAGAAAUAUUCUGGCAAGGCCUGAAUCUUUAAAAAAAAUGUGAAUUCAUUUAAACAGAACUUAAACAUUAAUUUUUCUAGUUUAUUUUGUUUCUAUUAUUAUUUAUUGAAUGGAAUGUUUUAAUGGAAGUUAAAUAUUCAAAGUAUUUUUAAGAUUUUUUACAAAAAAGCAGUAUCAAUUACACGUAAAAUCAAGAUUUUUAAGCUUUUACUGUGACUGUAAUAAAAAGACAGUUAAUAAAUGAACAAAUAUGCAAAGUUGAUACUAAUUUUAAGAUAAAAAUCAUUAUUGACACAGUAUGUCAUAUAUGUUACUGCCUUAAAAUCAAUAAUUAAAAAGUUAUAAAUAUAAACAUAUAAAAACUGUGACAAAAUGAACAAAGUAUAUUAUAAUGAUUUAGAAAUUAAUAGAUAUCAAGGUAUUCAUGAACCAUCUCCAGAAAAUUACUUGAAUGAUGAAAAAAAUGUAAAUGAAUUGUUAGAAGCCUCUAACCAUUCAGAACAUUGGUGGCCUAACGAAAAUGAUGAUAGUAAAUUUGAUUCUAGAAAAAGAUGGAGUUAUGGUUCUGACACAUCGAUUGAAGCAAUAGAUAAUAGUCAAAAUCGAUUGUGCUGUUCACCAGUAGAUGAAUUUGAUUCUACGGUCAGUAGCGAAAAUGAAGAGUUGAUUAUCAACAAUACCGAUGAAAGAAAUGAAUCCUACAAAGAUUAUCUUCAAACAUCUCCAGCCUCAUCUCCAACUUUUAAAGAUGCUGCAUGCAGUGAUAAUGGCAAUGAUAGAAGUGAAAAUAAUGAUGUUGACACAGCUGAUGAUGAAUUGAUAGAUUAUUCUAAACGUUACACAACAGACACUUCUUCGUUAGCAAUUACACAGCAGCAAAGAAAUGUUGCUCCCACAGCACCAAGAAGAGUGCCUGAAAAGAAAUCAGUGAAAGUGGAUCCUUAUGGAGACUAUGCAGAAACAGAUUUGGAUCAACCAACUGACUAUAGUUUACGUUAUGCUGAAGAGGAUACAGAUGAAGAAGAGAAAGAAGAUAAUCCUCAAUUUUAUUGCACCAGGGGACAAGAAGAUACCACAAAAACAUACUAUACAGAAGGCACCCCAUAUGAAACACCAUGUAAUUUUUCUGCUUCCACAUCGAUAUCAGAUCUUUUAUCUUUAGAAGACAAUAAAGAAGCACCAGAAGUAACGUACAAAAGACAAUUUUUGAAGGAAAAGCAAGAAAAAAUGACAAAUCCAGACAAAUCUUCAAAAGAUAAUCAAGUAAAACUGAAAAAAAAAUAUGCCUAUGAAGACACUAAAAUACCAGUAUUAUUGAAAACUGCAGAAACUAACGUUGAGGUAUCUUGUAAUGUGGAGUUGAAAAAAUUAGUAACUCCGCUACAAUCACCAACUGAACUUUGUGAUAAGGAAAAAGAAUCCAAAACUGUAUCAUUAAAUUCAGAGGAGAAUGAUGCUCAACAGACUCCUCUAAUGUUUUCUCGUUGUAGCUCUUUAGAUUCUCUUAAUGAAUUUGAUCAACGCUCAAUCCACGACGAUCAUAGUUCUGUUGUAAGUGAUUUUAGUCAUAGAACAAGCACAGUUGUUUCUCCAAGCGAAUUACCGGAUUCACCAACACAAACUGUACCACCGAGUCCGCGAAGGCUAAAACAGCAAAGCUUUCAAGAACCAUCUUCAAGAGUUCCUAUAAGACCCGUCAUAAGGAAACCACCUUCACGUGAACACCAAGAAAACAAUAAACUACAAAUAGUCAAUAAUGUUCUUCAUCGGCCAGAUCCAACGUAUGUCAAAUCAAACCACCAAAUUAAUCACUGCAGCGUAUUCGAAGACGGCUUGGUCUCCUUCGGUAGCGCCCUGAUUCCUAGUAAGGCACACUCGAUCGCAGGUAGCAGUCUGAGCGCGUUGACUAUCGAUGAUGAUGACGCUGUCGACGAGUGCGACAGUCGGGAUAUUAUGAAUCGAAUUGCAGCUAUUAGGGUAAGGACCAGUGCAGCUGGUAUGCACAAGGCUUCCAUGCAGAAUCAGCCACAAUUGUACAAAGUCGUUAAUAAGCAUUCAGAUUGUCGUAAUAAUCCAGUAUUUUCACCGCCUAUCAGAGAAGAAGUGCGUUAUAUCAAUCUCGAAGACAAAAAUAUAGGUCAAUUCGUCUAUGUAAAUAAAGAAUCACCGCAUAAGAGAUCAAGAGAUUCGCUGAAGGAUCCGUGGCGUGAUAACCGCGUGAAGAACAAUAAUCAAAAUUAUUUAAAUGAAUCGCUUUCGAGCAGUUUAGUUACUAGACGUCAAUGCGAGUUUAUUUUCUCUACAAAACCGGACAUCGAUGAAAUCAUAACUGUCGACUCUACAAGAAUCUAUUGUACCGAGGAUACACCAACUUUUAUCUCUCCAUUCGGUUCACAGUCGAAUCUGUCAGCCUUGUCGAUGCUCAGCAUUUCUGACGAGAAUCUCGCUUAUUACGCCAAUUCUGAAGACGACGAAUCACCUCGAACAUUUUAUAGCGAAGGCAGAUCAAGUGGCCAAUUGAAUGAUUACGAUACUGAUAGCAGUGCGAGUUUAUCAGAAGAUGAUUUCAAAGGCUGUGUCGACAAAAGAAUCGACGUAUCACCUUUUGACUCGCAAGUCAAUCUUGACAGCCUGGCAUUAUUGCGCAUUGAGGAGGAAGACGAAGAAGACGAGGAGGAAGUAGCUACGAGUAAAGAGACUGACAAAUUAACCAGAGACGAUUAUCGCGCUGAGGAUAUCUACGAAGAAUCUGAGGAGGAUCAUAAAGUAUUGGAGGAUUGUAUCAAAUCGGGUUUACGUAAAGUCACUCGCAAGAGAGACGAACAAUGAGAUUAGAGUGAUUAUUAUCAAAUUGUUGUCGAAAUUUAUUAAGACUAUCUAGAGCUUAUGGAAAAUUUAUGUGCUAUUAUCGAACAAAUCAUGCAUUUUACUAUUGAAUAAA